AUGUCCGUACAGCCGGCAGCAAUUUGUGAACAAAACCGGGCCACGAAUCAAGGCCCUGAGUCAGAAGCACUCAAUUCAACGGAGACUAGGGAAGUGGUAAUCCAUUCAGGCCACAGGGAAAAUCUCCACGGUGUCCCUUUCAAGACAGAUAUACACCCAUCGGAACUCAUUACUGUGAAGGAUGGAACCUUAAAUGUAUACGUGAUUUUGGUGCACGGGAUCAUCGAUCGUGAGCGGAAAAACCAAAAGCGAUGGGAAACAUGGCAGCCUUGGCUGGAGAGCAUGGGUCUCUGGGGUGACAACACAAUUCAAGACUACAACUACGAUGUCCAGACGUCAAAUCCUGAGAUAUUCACAAAAUGUGGGAUCGAAACGGAGGCCGCGAGAUUGGUCGAAAGCCUCAUUCAACAUAAGCAAUCUCAGCCACCACGGGAGACACUGAACGACGUAGUAGGUAUGAGCUCACCAACCGGCCUGUAUCAAGAGGAGCAGGACAGCUUCAACAACCGAUACGUCUUCGUGGCCCUGGCCAUUGGCGGAAUAUUGGUCAAGAAGGUCGUACGAGCCGCUGCCUCUACGAAACAUUGA